AUGCCAGAGGGGUCAGGGGAGUCGCCGGCGGGCACCAGCUCCCCCAGCAUGAGCAACUUGGAGCCUCACGAGCUGCCGCACUGGGAGGAGGUUCAGCUCAACCUCGUCUCUGCGCGGGACUACUUCGCUAAUCAGCUUUACUCGCAACUCGCUCAUGUCCCGGCGACCAUGAUGUGCAGGAGGUUCUUCUUGAGAGACUCCAACGACAUAGCGGCCCUGCAACAUGUGAACAGCACGGAGUACAGGACAAACCUGCGCAAGAGGUUCUCGAUCCAUUCUCUCAGUGGUAUCGAUCAAAAGCAGAAGCAAUACAGCAAGGGCCACUACUUCGAAUUAGACCUGUAUGUCAAAGUACGAGAUGGGCCGGUUCAUCUGGACAGCAUCUUCAAUCGUGUCGUGGACUUGAAUGACAGUGAGAGCAUCGUCUGCCUCAGCAAUGAAGAUGGUCAGGCUACGACAUCCGCCGCCGAAUGCCUCAGCGACAUACGUCUUGAGCGAGGGGAGUGUUUCCACUUCGAGAUAACUGAAAGCCCGAGCUGUAUACUUGAAAAGAUGUAUCAGCUGGAUCGAGCAUAUGCCCUUCGGAAUCGGAUUCACAAGACCAACGUCGUGAUCAAGGCAAUGGGAGUGUUUGUCAACGGGAACAAAGAAAUCUUCAAGAGAAACUCGGUAAAUAUAUUGGCAAGAUGGAGAGAACACAAAGAAGCGAUACUCAUCGGGAAAUCAGGAGUACCAAUCUUUCUCAUCUACACCCCAUGCAGAAAUCUCUUCAGCUCGAUGGACCAGGUGCAGGAAAGCAACAAUAGCAGGUUUGACAAGGUUGAGGCGAGCAUCUCACAGGUUCAGACGAGUCUUGUGCAUCUAGAGGACAGAUUUUGCGAGGUGCAGGAAAGCAACAAUAGCAGGUUUGACAAGGUGCAGGAAAGCAACAAUAGCAGGUUUGACAAGGUUGAGGCGAGCAUCUCACAGGUUCAGACGAGUCUUGUGCAUCUAGAGGACAGAUUUUGCGAGGUGCAGGAAAGCAACAAUAGCAGGUUUGACAAGGUUGAGGCGAGCAUCUCACAGGUUCAGACGAGUCUUGCGCAUCUAGAGGACAGAUUUUGCGAGGUGCAGGAAAGCAACAAUAGCAGGUUUGACAAGGUUGAGGCGAGCAUCUCACAGGUUCAGACGAGUCUUGUGCAUCUAGAGGACAGAUUUUGCGAGGUGCAGGAAAGCAACAAUAGCAGGUUUGACAAGGUUGAGGCGAGCAUCUCACAGGUUCAGACGAGUCUUGUGCAUCUAGAGGACAGAUUUUGCGAGGUGCAGGAAAGCAACAAUAGCAGGUUUGACAAGGUUGAGGCGAGUAUCGACAAGGUAGUGGCGAGCAUCUCACAGGUUCAGAAGAGUCUUUGGAGCUUUAUGGCAAUUAGCAUGGCGGCUCUUUUUGUCUCGAGGAUCCCAGGGUUCACGUUGCCUGGGCAGCCGCUGGGAAGCGGGUCGCCAGGG